AUGGCGCCGGCACGUAUUCAAAUCCUGGAUGCCGACGCGACGACCUCCCUCAAGCGCUGCCUCCCUUUCCCUCUCAUCUCGCCGCUCUCUCUCAACCCUGAAGGCCUGCCUGCGUCCUCCAACUUCGUGAUUAACUACAACAUGCAGAACAUGAACAAGGAGUUACCUGAACUCUUCUCCAUGCUGAAAUCUGCUGAGAUUGAGAUACAGAAAGAGCACCAAGUGUUGAUGGUCAACAAGACCACCAGUUUCAAGAAGCAAGGAAAACCUAAGAAGGGCAACUUCAAGAAGGGCGGCAAGAAAGCCGCCGCGCCUCCUGAGAAGCCUAAGGCUGGCCCUAAACCUGAUACUGAGUGCUAUUACUGCAAUGGGAAGGGGCACUGGAAGUGUAAUUGCCCCAAGUACUUGGCUGAUCUGAAGAGCGGCCUUGUCAAGAAAAAGAAAGGUAUAUUUGAUAUACAUGUUAUAGAUGUCUAUCUUACUGGUUCUCGUACUAGUAGCCUCAUUCAUCUUGGCCGCUGCAUCAGCUUCAGCGGUUUUGAUGGCCUUGGCAUGGUCGAGCCCCAGCUGGAUGAGCUGGGACUUGAGCUCCUGGUAGCUGGUUUUCUGGGCGCUGAGCUCUUCCUGAUGCCGCCGGAUGAGCUCGUCCUUCUCCCCUGCAACCCGAAAAAGAAGAUGUUAACACGGUUGUGCUGGUAA